UCCUGCCCAGUGAAAGGCUUGGUUACUUUUCCAGCGACAAGCUCACCGCUACCUCGGUGGAUGACGCCAAAGACAACUCUAGUGACUCUGCCAACGAGGAUGCUAAGCAGACCGGUAGAGGAAAACCUGGCCAGCAAGGCUCGGGGAAACGUGCUGGAAAGGCAUCUACACAAGAAACGGACGGGAGUCCAACUGGGCAGUUGACAGGAGAUGUUGGUGACUAUGUGGACAUUGAUGAAGAGAGUGUGAGCGGCACUGGCCACACCAGGACGAUGGAGAAGUUCGAAGCAAGCAACGCCGCCAGGAUGCAGAGGGCGUUCAACCAGAUGAAGCAGUACACCCCUACAGAGCAGCACGCGGCCGGCAGAAUAUAUCGGGGCCCUGGAUUCGCGUGGAAGCCAGAACGACUUGUUUUCCAGGAUUUCAAUGUUGGGAAGGAGUAUUCACAGAGAAUCGUCCUGACUAACAUAUCGCUAUCACGGAAUGCCUGCAAGCUGAUCAGCGUCACACCGGAGAUAUUUCACUUUGUCACCGUGGAGUUCUCUCCGUCGGGUAUGAUAUCAGCUGGCACAACGUGUGCGGGGAUGGUCACGUUCCAGCCCAAGAUGAGCAAAGACCUGACGGGCGAGAUCCUCUUUCACUCCGAGACGGGACCCUUCGCCAUUCCAGUCCUGUGCCGGAUCAAGCGUAGAGUGGUGACGUGUGAUGCCCCGGUGCUAGACUUUGGCAAGUUGGUGGUGUCGGAGAAGAGAACCCGGGUGCUGACGCUGCACAACACCGGCGCACUGAACGCCUCCUACCGUAUCCGGGCGAUCGGCGCGCGUGACACGACGUCCGCACGGGAAGAGACUCAGAACAGACCGAGGGAAUCACCUGCCGCGCCUGAUCUGCCUAGCUGUGCUCCCAGCGGGGCGGUUGACCACACCGCAGUGCCAGAAGAUGAAACCAUGGAUGACAAUGUGUCUCAUAAAACCAGUGCACCAACAUCGUCCGCUAGCACUGUAGCUUCAAACUCGUCCAAGGCUUCAAAAAAAUCAAAGUCUUCUAAAUCUUUGAAGUCGUCUAUGGCUUCCGCGGCGCAACAAGAACAGACCCGAUCCAAAGUUUCGUUAGCUGGUUCUAAGGCAGCAACAGUGGAAGAGAAGGAGGUGGCAGACACAGACGAGGCAAUGGUCACCGUAUCGCAACCAGCACUGGACGAUCACCAGCAGAUGCCGAUGGUGGACAAUGGUGACGGUGACGGUGUUGAUGAUCUUGAGGAAAUGGAAGGUGACACGCAAGUCGUGCUUGAUGAGAAUGAUUGGCAAGGCACAAUACCAGCGCGCGGUAAGAAGCAGAUCUCCAUCAGCAUGUGUCCAGUCGUCGCCGAGGAUAUUCUACAGCAAUAUCGGGUGCAGCUGGUGGACAGCAAUGUACCGGAGAUACUUGUUGAAGCUCAUGCGGUGGUGUCAUCGCUACCAGUCUACCUGGACCGUGAUGAACUGGACUUGCGUAUCUGCAGUGUUGACUUCCUCUACCAAGAUGAUGUCAUUAUCUAUAACAGAACAAGCGCAUCGUGCCAGUUCAGAAUCACGUUCCCAGAGGAGUUGAAACAUCACCUAGUAAUACUGCCGCUGAAGGGUGUGGUUCAGGCCAACUCCAAGUUUUCGGUCUGGAUCAAGUUUUCACCGACGCGCAGUUUGUUGAACGGAAAAGGCAUGUGUCCCCUGUCCUUCCCAGUCAACUUCAAGAUCAAUGACUUGAGUCAACAGCUGCUGCUGAAUGUGAAGGCAUUGGUCACGGACACCGGCCUCACGUUCAGCGUGAACAGCGUGGACUUUGGCCGGUGUUCAAUUCAGACAAGGAAGGUGGUGAGCAUCAGAUUGAACAACGGCUCGAGCAUCGUGCAGCCCUAUGGGUUCGUGGGCUUGCCGAAGUACUUGCAAGUGGAGCCGCUCAAUGGCUUUGGAGAGUUGCCGCCCGGAGAAGGUCGGACUAUCCACCUUAUCUUCGCUCCUGAGAACCCAGGGGAGUUCAACUUCACAGUGAAUUGUCAGACGCUGCAAGGAAGGGUUGCGAGUGUGGACUGCAAGGCAGUGACAUUUCUGUCUCCACUCAAACUAUCGCACAGCUUGGUGGAGUUCGACCCAACACCUCCAGGCAAUUCAGCAUCAGCGACUAUCACCGUCAGCAAUCCCAUUCUGCCGCCAAGCAGCUUUGAUGUGUUGUCUGGGCGAGCGCCGAAGAGGGGACCACGGCACUUCAGCAUUGCCAUACCGGAGGGUGUUGACAUUGAAGCUUACCCAGUGACCGGUGUGAUACAUCCAGGAGAGGAGCUGAAGGUCAAGCUGAUAUAUGCACCUCGUCUAGACCAAGACGUUGUGGGUCUAGCGCUGGAAGAGAAGAAUAAGGAGGUGGACGAGCACAACAAAAAGGUCAAAGAGGCGCUGAAAGUGUCGGCGAACCGCCUCACUGCAAGCACUGCUAGUUCGAAGGUGCGAGCAAGCAAGACUAGCACGAUCAAUGCGGCCAGCAGCGCCAGAGCAACGCCGAAGACGAUGCCGUACGCAACGCGAGAGGACAUUGAGGCCGACCAUGAACUAAUCAUGCAAGUGAAGAAUAGGUGCUUGGGCGACAUCAAGAUUUCGCCGGAACUCGCUGAGAUCAGCUGCUAUGUGUCAGAGCUAAAGAAGCCGGGCAGUGGCGAGGAGGACCUGCGAGUCAACCCUGCUGAUACACUGUAUAUCCAUGCGGUCAUCGCUAGCCGUGCACCCGCCAGUCUGCUGUCGUGUGAACGCAUAGACUUCAAGCAAGUGGCUUCAGGUUCAACUGCGAGUCAAGAGAUUGAAAUAGAGAACAUCUCCAACAAGAAUACCUCUAUACGCUCAUAUUCAAUGGAUCCCAAUGGACCGUAUACCGUCGAGCAAGCAGGGGCGGAGAUCGCGCCACUGCAGUGCGGCAAACUGCGGCUAAGAUUUUCUCCACGCAGCAAAGGAACGUACUCUGAAGUGGUGGAGUUCAGGGACAGUCUUGGAAAGCAUCGUGUGAGGAUCACCGGGGAAUGUGUGGAGCCUGCGUAUCACAUUCAGACUGCCGACGCUGAUGGGCUGAAUUUCAAGGAACGGCUGGUUGGCGUGAAGGAGAAGAGACAGCUGAUGGUACACAACACUGGAUCAGUACUUCUGGACUUCGAAGCAAGACUAGAGCCAACAGAUGCGUCCCAAUCCAUUGGAUUGCCGAAAACAACCACUAACAUGCCCAUCUUCAGGUGUGUAGCAAUGGCUGGCAAGUUAUCGGCAGGCGAGAAGUGCCCAGUCGUGGUGGAGAUGAUGAGCGACCGACCUAUCCUGAACGCAACCGCAAGACUUCUCAUACGACUGUCUAGCUCUGUUGUCAGCUACAAGGUGUGUGCCAACGUGUGGCAGUACCCGAUUUGCCUGGUGAGCAGUACGGGUGCUCUGCGGACGGAUGCGCACGCCGACACCAUUGCACACAUGCCAGUACCCAGGCCAGAACCAAGUGAGUGUACAUUGAAAGCAAACUUUCCAAUGACGCUGUCGCUGGACUACACACACGGCGGUGGUGGUGAUCUCUCAGACUACUGUACAAGUCACCAGCUGACUGUUCAGUCCAUAAAGCAGAGCACUAGUAGCAGCAGCAAAGACAAUAAGAAGAGUACCGGCGAGUUUGUAUUCGGCGCUGUUGAGCCCUGUUCCUUGAGCAACAUGGUUAUAGUGGAUCCUGCGAAGGGCCCGUGUGACAAGACUGUGACAAUCAAGUUGAAAGUGCCUGAUGCAAUGCUGAGCGAUGAAUUGAUCGAGCUAGUCUUGCCACUCACGCUGAAGUACGAAGGCACCCAGAAAGUCAACGUCGUGAUGCGCAGCAAGUAUUUCGACCCGGACGCCGAGAGAAGGAAGAAGAAGACCGCAGCAAAGAGUCCGAAGAAGAAACGGACGGUACACCGAUAACUGCUAGCAUCUAACGUACCUACGGGAUACACAACUGAUAGCAUAGUGUCCGGUAUGAUGUGAAGCACACUAGAUGAUUAAUGCCCAUGCUACUCUAGAGACUUCAUGGCUGCAGCUGCAGCUGCACAGCUCUUCUCAGGCCAGGGUACAUAUUACCCAAGUAUGGGUGCAACCAAUAUCACAGACGCACACGCACGCACUCAUGCUCACACGCAUGCAUGGCCGGACACAAACAAACACACACACACACACACACACACACACACACAAAGACCUUACCAUGCAUAUGCUGUACAUAAUCCAUACAUCACUCAGUCUGCAGUAUAAUUAUAUGCAAUUGUGCAUUCAAUACGAAUUUAUGUGAUAAAAAUCUCAACUCCUUCAAGGACAAAGAACCAAGUAUUCGAAACCAGCAAGAAAAUUUAUUAUUUUUACAUGAACUAAGCCAUUUGCACUUGAAGAAACUAAGCCAUUUGCCUUUAAAAUUAUAUGUUAGCAAACCUUAGCCUACAAUGGCGAUAUUUAGGCAUGGAGAAAAUGUAUUAUUGUUUUACGGCGUCGAAUUGGGGAGUUUUACAAUUACUUCUUGUAUUUUCGUAUGUUUUUAGACUUGUAUUCUGAGAGUUGCGUAUAUAACUUUGAACAAUUAUUAUCAGCAGAUUCUCGACAGUGCCAUAUUGAUGGUGACACUAGUGUAUGCAUAUACAAUACAUGCAGUUGCAAUGGUAUUUUACACGACAUUUCACCGUGCCUAGCUGGCGGUUGGUGUCUAAAAGGA